AUGCACAAGCACCAGCACUGCUGUAAGUGCCCCGAGUGCUACGAGGUGACCCGCCUGGCCGCCCUGCGGCGCCUCGAGCCUCCGGGCUAUGGGGACUGGCAGGUGCCAGACCCCUAUGGGCCAGGUGGGGGAAAUGGAGCCAGUACGGCAUAUGGGGGCUACAGCUCGCAGACCCUGCCUUCGCAGGCGGGGGCCACCCCCACCCCACGCACCAAGGCCAAGCUCAUCCCCACGGGCCGGGAUGUGGGGCCAGUAACCCCUAAGCCAGUCCCAGGCAAGAGCACUCCCAAACUCAACGGCAGCGGCCCCAGUUGGUGGCCUGAGUGCACCUGUACCAACCGGGACUGGUAUGAGCAGGUAAAUGGCAGCGAUGGCAUGUUCAAGUAUGAGGAGAUAGUGCUGGAGCGGGGCAAUUCCGGCCUGGGCUUCAGCAUCGCAGGUGGCAUUGACAAUCCCCAUGUCCCUGAUGACCCCGGCAUCUUCAUUACCAAGAUCAUUCCUGGUGGAGCAGCUGCCAUGGACGGGAGGCUAGGGGUGAAUGACUGUGUGCUGCGGGUGAAUGAGGUGGACGUGUCAGAGGUGGUGCACAGCCGAGCUGUGGAGGCGCUGAAGGAGGCGGGCCCUGUGGUGCGGUUGGUGGUGCGGAGGCGACAACCCCCACCUGAGACCAUCAUGGAGGUCAACCUGCUCAAAGGGCCCAAAGGCCUGGGUUUCAGCAUUGCUGGGGGCAUUGGCAACCAGCACAUCCCAGGAGACAACAGCAUCUACAUCACCAAGAUCAUUGAGGGGGGUGCUGCUCAGAAGGAUGGCCGCCUACAGAUCGGGGACCGGCUGCUGGCGGUGAACAACACCAAUCUGCAGGAUGUGAGGCAUGAGGAAGCUGUGGCCUCACUGAAGAACACCUCUGAUAUGGUCUAUCUGAAGGUGGCCAAGCCAGGCAGCCUUCACCUCAACGACAUGUACGCACCCCCUGACUACGCCAGCACUUUUACUGCCUUGGCUGACAACCACAUAAGCCAUAAUUCCAGCCUGGGUUAUCUGGGGGCUGUGGAGAGCAAGGUCAGCUACCCUGCUCCUCCUCAGGUUCCCCCCGCCCGCUAUUCUCCAAUUCCCAGGCACAUGCUGGCUGAGGAGGACUUCACCAGAGAGCCCCGCAAGAUCAUCCUGCACAAGGGCUCCACAGGCCUGGGCUUCAACAUCGUGGGAGGAGAGGAUGGAGAAGGCAUUUUUGUCUCCUUCAUCCUGGCAGGAGGCCCAGCUGACCUGAGUGGGGAGCUGCGCAGGGGAGACCGGAUCUUAUCGGUGAAUGGCGUCAACCUGAGGAAUGCAACUCAUGAGCAGGCUGCAGCUGCUCUGAAACGGGCUGGCCAGUCAGUCACCAUUGUGGCCCAGUACAGACCGGAAGAGUACAGUCGCUUUGAAUCGAAGAUACAUGACUUGCGAGAACAAAUGAUGAACAGCAGCAUGAGCUCUGGGUCUGGGUCCCUCCGAACAAGUGAGAAGAGGUCCUUGUAUGUCAGGGCCCUGUUUGAUUAUGACCGGACACGGGACAGUUGCCUGCCAAGCCAGGGGCUCAGCUUCUCCUAUGGUGACAUUCUGCAUGUUAUUAAUGCCUCUGAUGAUGAGUGGUGGCAGGCAAGACUGGUGACCCCACAUGGAGAAAGCGAGCAAAUCGGUGUGAUCCCCAGUAAGAAGAGGGUGGAAAAGAAAGAAAGAGCUCGAUUGAAAACCGUGAAGUUCCAUGCCAGGACAGGCAUGAUUGAGUCUAAUAGGUCGAUCAAAACGAAACGUAAAAAGAGUUUCCGCCUCUCUCGAAAGUUCCCAUUUUACAAGAGCAAAGAAAACAUGGCCCAGGAGAGCAGCAUACAGGAACAGGGAGUGACAUCCAACACCAGUGACAGCGAAAGCAGCUCCAAAGGACAAGAGGAUACUAUUUUGUCAUAUGAGCCAGUGACUCGGCAAGAAAUUCACUAUGCAAGGCCCGUGAUCAUCCUGGGCCCAAUGAAGGACAGAGUCAACGAUGACCUGAUCUCAGAGUUCCCACAUAAGUUUGGAUCCUGUGUGCCACAUACUACGCGGCCUCGGCGUGAGAAUGAGGUGGAUGGGCAGGAUUACCACUUUGUGGUAUCUCGAGAACAAAUGGAGAAGGACAUUCAGGACAACAAGUUCAUCGAGGCAGGCCAAUUCAAUGAUAAUCUCUACGGGACCAGCAUCCAGUCCGUGCGGGCAGUUGCAGAGAGGGGCAAGCACUGCAUCUUAGAUGUUUCUGGCAAUGCUAUCAAGAGGCUGCAGCAAGCACAACUUUACCCCAUUGCCAUUUUCAUCAAGCCCAAGUCCAUUGAAGCACUUAUGGAAAUGAACCGACGGCAGACAUACGAACAAGCAAAUAAGAUCUAUGACAAAGCCAUGAAGCUGGAUCAGGAGUUUGGAGAGUACUUCACAGCCAUUGUACAGGGUGACUCACUGGAAGAGAUUUAUAACAAAAUCAAGCAAAUCAUUGAGGACCAGUCUGGGCACUACAUUUGGGUCCCAUCCCCUGAAAAACUCUGAAGAAGUCCCUCCAUCCUUUCUCUUGUGAACAGAAGAAGUCAAGCCCCUCUUCCCUCCUCCCUCUUCAUUCCUGACCCCAUGGGGAGAACAAAUGACUACUGUUCUUGUCCCCUUUUUUAGAUAUGUCAAAAAAAAUUGAGUUUUCUAGUCCUGUUCUGUUUUUU